AUGACUCCUCAACGACAACAACAACGCACCAAAUCUCCUCUAGGCCGCAUGCUCUCUUUCAUUGAGCUUCCCUCUUCCUCCCUUCGCUUUCUCAUUCUCGAUUGUCCUACAGAAUCCACAUUGCCCUUCUAUCUUGAAGAAUUUGCAAGAUACAACGUAUCUCAUGUUGUUAGAUGCUGCCAACCCACCUACAGCACAACAAAACUAAACGAGCAAGGUAUUCAGGUUCAUGAUUUACCUUUUAAAGACGGCGGUAUUCCACCACCCAGUGUUAUCAAUGAUUGGUUAUCUCUUAUUGAUGUAGAAGAAAAAAGUGGAAUAGACACUACAAUUGCUGUUCACUGUGUUGCUGGCCUAGGCCGUGCACCCGUUCUGGUUGCUAUUGCACUAAUCGAGCUACUUGAUAUGCAACCAUUGGAUGCGGUUGAAUCUAUCAGAAGAAAUAGAAGAGGUGCCUUCAACAAGCCUCAGAUUGCUUAUCUGGACAACUAUAAGCCCAUGUUGCGUAGAAAAGCCAAGAAUGCCUCCCUCAAGACCUCUUUUAGUCGCAUGUUCUUCCGCUUUGCCUCUUCCGCAUCAUCUUCUCCCUCUGCAUCUGGCUCUACAUCGCCCAAAAAGCAACAAGCAGAAGAGGUUACUUCCAUUCCACUUAGUAGCUGCGUUUGA